UCUCCAUCAUGGUGUGCAAGCAAGACGACACAAGACACGCAGCAGCAACACUAGCUAGCCAGCCUAGCAGUAACAAUGCGGCGCUACGGGCAGUCGCUGUACCACCCGCAGAGCCCGAUGACGCGGUGCGUCAACUUCCUGUGCGCGGUGCUGCUCACGCUGAUCCUCAUCAUCGGCGUCAUCCUGUUCGUGCUGUGGUUGAGCCUCCGUCCGCACCGGCCCAAGUUCUACCUCGCCGACUUCUCCAUCCCCGUCGCCAACGCCAACCGGCAGUCCGGCCUGGCCAACCUGCCGGUCCGCUUCACCGUCAACGAGCACAACCCCAACCAGAAGAUCGGCAUGUACUACGACGUGAUCAUCGCGUCGGUGUUCUACGACGACCAGCUCGUCGCCACGGGGCCCGUCAUGAACCCCUUCUACCAGAUGCCCGAGGGCGACACGCCCGUUCAGGGGACCCUCACCGCCACGGGCCCCGUCCCGACGGACCCGUCGUGGGGGCGGUUCGCCGGCGAGGUGUCGGCGGGGGGCGUCGGGAUGCGGCUGGUGCUCACCUCCAAGGUGCAGUUCCAGGUCAAGCUGUGGGACACCAAGCGUCACCACAUGAAGGUGGAGUGCGACCUCACUAUGCAAGGGGACGGCACGCUCCGUCCGCAGGACAAGGACUCCCAGUGCACACUCUACUUCUAGCUCGAUCUCGCUGCUGCUUCUUGUCUCGGCCUCGCUGAUCCACUUUGUUUCAAGGUCAUGUUGUAUUUAGUGUUUUUUCCCUGCAUUCGGCUGAUGUUUGCGAUUGUUGUAGUGCAAUUAUUUGUAACACAAGCAUGUCAAUUCAAGAGUUUUUUUUUUCAAAAUGUGGCAACCUCUUCAAAUCCAAUGUUUUAAAUCUCAAGAAGGUACAGAGGAUGUAAUCUACUCAUAUUAUUGAAUCAAUAAUCACAUGAAUUAAAACCAUUA